CCAUUCUAUAUUGUUGGCCUACUGUUACAUCCAAGAGGUGCCCCACCAGAUCAACGGUCCCGAUUCGGGGUCACCAUACCCUUUUGCCACGUUGUAAGUUGGGACGCCACGUCAUUCAACCCCAUUUCUCCUUCCCGAAACCAGAAAACCCCCGAGAGAGUGAAAAAGGAAAAGGAGAGAUGGUAUGGACAAGGGUCCUUCCUCCUCUGUUGAAGAUCUCAUCAAUCUCAAGACCUUCCAAUCUUAUUCGUUUCUCGACGUCGGUGGAGACCAGAAAACCCAAAACCCUAGCUCGCAAGGUAAUUCCAGUUUUGAUCUUCAGUCUCACCGGCGGUAUAGGUCUCAGCGCUCUCGACGAUCUCCUCAUCUAUCAUCAAUGUAGCAGUAAGGCUAUGGAGAAAGCCAGUCAGCACCAGACAAUUCUAGAUGCUCUUGGGGAGCCGAUCCUAAGGGGUCCAUGGUAUAAUGCAUCGCUUGCAGUGGCCCAUCGAAGGAAUUCUGUGUCUUGCACAUUUCCCGUGUCCGGGCCACAAGGAACUGGUAUUUUUCAGCUGACGGCUGUUCGUCAUGGAGAUGAUUCGUGGUUUCCAUAUUUAGGGCACAGAGACUGGGACAUUCUAAUAAUGGAAGCCCUCCUUCAUGUUCCUGGGAAUGAAGAGAAGCACCAGACGUUCCGGAUCAGUCUCUCAGACAACAUUCCACUUCCUGCCUCUACAGAAUGCAAUGAUUGCAACAGGUCUCAAGAAUCUGUGAGCCCAGAAAAAAAGUGAAAUUUAUUGAAAAUUUUGCAUGGGAAAGUUGAUUUAUUUGUUUUUAUUUUUUAUGUUAUGUUCUUGUAUGAAUCAAAUAGUAGGAGAAUGUCACAUUGCCUGAGGAAGCACCGCUCUUGUGCAAGACUUUUUUUGUACCGAAUUGUUCUGAAAGUUACCUGAAUAAAAUGCCUUUAGAAUUGUGAAUUUCCCUAA